AUGCCAGUGGAAUCGAGUGCUGCAAACCCUUCCGAUACGGUGGUGACCUCCAAAGGCCCUCCGCAACUCUCGUCUUCUUCAUCACAGCAGCAACAGCAGCAGUUGGUGCCUGCAACUUCCAGUGCGAAUGAAGAAACGACUGGCAUCCAUUGGCGCCGGGCGCAGCAUAUAAAGCAAAUAUACUGUAACAGGACGAUAUUACCAGGGGUGCCGAACGAGCAUCGAUUACAGGAAGGGGAUCUUGAGUUCCGAUUGCGCUAUCUCGAGAAACAGCGGGAUGAGAUGAAGUCACGCAAGAUUGCCGAGGCAUUGAUGGAGCGAUUGACGGCGCACCAUUACGUGUAUGUUUCCUCCUGUCGUCCAGAGGUAACGCGCACGCCAUUUCAAAAUCCGUUUUGCUCAGUCAUGGAGUUUAGUGUGGAGGUGGACACUCCGGCGAAGGGCGCAUUGGAAAUUGUCUCCCCUCCAACGUUUUAUUUGGGACCACGGGAGUGUACAGAGGUAGUUCUCGUGGUUCGACUAAACGCCAUGGCGAAAACACGUGACGCAGAAUCCAAACAUCUCCGUGCUCGGCUUCUUACUGAUGGACGUGAGGUGGUGCGUAUCGUUGACGUCCACGCCACGUUAGGGCCAACGUUUGUGGAUCGUCGCUUUGAGAUUUACGGUCCGGCGGGGACUGAAGUUUCGAAAAAAAUUUUUUCCCGGGUUUUUUCCUCUGCCCUUUUCCCCAUUACAUCUGAUAGGGUGAAGCUGCUCUCGCGUAUGCGGGACAUGUGUGCUCGCACCACCAUCACGUCGGAGACGACGACGGCGGAGGUGAACGCGGUGCUCGACCCCAUCACGCAGUCAUUUGUCACCGCAUGGGAAGAGGUCACCGUGCGCACUACAAUUCCACGUGAUGAGAGGGGGCAGCGCGUGGAGUAUUUGGUGUUGUACAAGGAUGACGCCAUGAGUCAUGUGAUUGAGACGUGGGAACUUUGUAUCUUUGCCUGUCAAUCUGUCACCUCACGCGAGCUGCUCUUUGGGCAGACCACGACUGUAGCCCUCCCUGCCUCUGGUAUAGAGGCACUUUAUUGUAGCCACUCCCAUGUGAAGGUGGAGAGGGGAGAAGGUUGUUACCUGCUGCAUGUGCGGCCGACAGAGGUGGGUACACAGCAGGUUUUGUUACAUGCACUAACAGACCACCACCUGGCAAAGACGCUAUUGACGAUCCCCACGGUGUACCCCACACCGACAUACACACAGACGCUGGAGUUUAGCCUGGCGGAUACCACGGCACCGAUAUUCCGCCGUCUGCAGUUUUUGCAUCGUGGAACGAAGGAGGAGGUGUUCACCGUGCGUCAUAACUACAAGUACCAGUUGCGUGUCACACCGAAGCAAUUUUCGCUGGCUCCUAGCGACACGCAGUUCAUAACGCUGCAGAUCGACAUGCUCAGCCUGCCUGAGGGACAGAUGGAGGGACGCUGGCCGAUGUGGAUUUUUAUAAAUAACGCAGAUGACAAAACGAUCGAGUCGUAUUUGUUGAAUGUGGUGCUGCGUGCUCACCGCGUCUUACACGAAAUGGCGUAG